GUGCCCCUGAGCCUAACAGUCUGGACAUGGGAGAUAUCAGAGCGAGGGACAGGCAUGAAAACGGAGACCCAGUCUGAGAGUCAGAUCAGUGUUCAGCUGUGAAAGUGCAUUUGUGGGUGACAAAAUGGCGAUGUCAGAACAGCUAGAAACUGAAGAAGGCUGUUCCUCCAAGUCAUUCAAGCUGUACUCCCCCAAGGAGCCCCCCAACGGCAGCACUUUCCCCCCUUUCCACCCCGGCACCAUGCUGGACAGAGACGUGGGUCCCACCCCAAUGUAUCCUCCCACAUACCUGGAGCCAGGAAUAGGGAGGCACACACCAUAUGGCAACCAGACAGACUACAGAAUAUUUGAACUUAACAAACGGCUACAGAACUGGACAGAGGAGUGUGAUAACCUGUGGUGGGAUGCAUUUACUACAGAAUUCUUUGAAGACGAUGCCAUGUUGACCAUCACUUUCUGUCUGGAGGACGGACCCAAACGUUACACAAUUGGCCGGACGUUGAUUCCACGGUACUUCCGGAGUAUAUUUGAGGGUGGCGCCACUGAGCUCUACUAUGUGCUGAAACAUCCCAAGGAGUCCUUCCACAAUAACUUUGUCUCCCUUGAUUGUGAUCAGUGCACCAUGGUCACUCAGAAUGGGAAGCCCAUGUUCACACAGGUGUGUGUAGAGGGGCGCUUGUACCUGGAGUUCAUGUUUGACGACAUGAUGAGGAUAAAGACGUGGCACUUCAGCAUCAGACAACACCGUGAACUCAUCCCCCGCAGUAUACUGGCCAUGCAUGCCCAGGACCCACAGAUGCUGGACCAGCUGUCCAAAAAUAUAACAAGAUGUGGCCUGUCGAACUCCACCCUUAACUACCUCCGACUCUGUGUGAUUCUUGAGCCCAUGCAGGAGCUGAUGUCCAGACACAAGACAUACAGCCUCAGCCCCAGAGACUGCCUCAAGACCUGCCUCUUUCAGAAGUGGCAGCGGAUGGUGGCACCACCAGCUGAGCCAUCAAGACAGCCCCCUAACAAACGGCGGAAGCGCAAGAUGUCUGGUGGCAGCACCAUCAGCGGGGGAGGAGGAACUAACAACAACAACAACAACAAAAAGAAGAGCCCGGGCAGCGGCUUCCCUCUGUCCAGCCAAGUCCCAGAUGUGAUGGUGGUGGGUGAGCCCACUCUGAUGGGAGGGGAGUUCGGUGACGAGGACGAGCGUCUGAUCACACGGCUGGAGAACACGCAGUUUGACGCGGCCAACGGCAUUGACGACGAGGACAGCUUCAACAAUUCUCCGGCGCUGGGCUCCAAUUCACCCUGGAACAACAAGGCCCCCUCCAGCCAGGAGAGCAAGAGCGACAACCCCACCUCACAGGCAUCGCAGUAGAGCCCUAGAGCCCCACAACCUCAACACAGGCCCUUGUCUGUCCCUCUGCAGCCCCCAUCCCGCGCCGAUAGCCACGAGCGCAUAAGCAACAGUCCAUCAUCUGCUCACCAACCCGAGGCAUCACUGUAGAGCUCAGAUUCAACACACACACAGGUAGCCCAGUGGAGCUCAGUCCGUCAGCCUCUGUGCCAGAGGAAGUUUUAUAAGUUUUAAUAUUUAGGCACUGUGUCCCACCUCCGUCUCCCUUUUCCUCAUCUCAUGCACAAAAUGUCUCAUCUCCUCUUGAAUAUUUUUCUGUUUGGACAGCAACCUGUUAGAUGUGAACAAGCAGGAGCGGCGAUAAUAAUCUGGGGGAGAAGUGAACACACACUGAACUAUCCACACUGAAGUUUUUACGUGUAGGAAGGAGUGGGGUGCAGGGGAAGGUUGGCAGUGGGCCUUCAAGAUGGUGGAGAGUUGCUUAGGGAUGACUUCUCCACCCGUCCUCUAUUAACAUGGCUCUCAGUUCUGGUCCGCUCUGUCGACGCACACGUCACUCGUAAUGUGUAUUAAUAGAGUAUAAAUGUGUACGCGAAUGUGUGUGUGUGUGUAGUAUGUGAGAGGAAAGAUAAGGGGGGUAGUGUGAGCUUCUUCGUGGCUUUGCUGAAGCAGAUGGACCAGAAUUUAGAAUCAGUCUCUAGAACCAUUUACAUUCACACACUAGUGGGAGAGUUUAAAUGUGGCACGAGGGAAACGUCACCCACAUGGACAGAUACACGCCCAAAUCAACAUGGUGAUUGAAGGAUCUUGAGUCCCGCAGUGCCCAAGCCAUCUCUGAUUAGACUACGGUGAAUGCAGUCUUUCAAACAGAGAUCAUGUACAACACAUGCACAUGCACACACACACACACACUUACACAUACAAACACACACACAGUUACACAUUUUAAGAGUUUUUAUACAGUAUAUAUUUCCCUAGAAUGUUUUUUAAUUUGUAUUAAACGCCUUCAUUUCAAUUGUUACUUUUUUAUUUUCUACCAAUACUGAAAAGCUACAGACCAAGGAGCAACACAGGACUUUUAUCCCUCCCCCUUCUAAAAUAUAUUGUUUUUAUCUUUUAUGUUUAUAAAAGAGAAAUAAUUUAGUGUGGAUGUUUUAUUUUGUCUUUUGUUCCGUUUUUGGAGAUUUGAAUUUUUGUGUAUUUGUGCUUGUAUAUUUAAGGUAGUAGCAAAGUUCUGUCUGACUGUAAUAAAAUGUAUUCUUACUUAGAUUUACCUAAAGCCAUCCCGAUCUAAUGUAAAGAAAACAAAAAUAGGAAAAAGGAGAAAAAACACUCAUGAACCCGUCCCCUUUAUCUUCCCACCUGCUCUCUUUCCUCCUCCCUCUUUUUUAAAACUUGUGUAAAUUAAAUUGCAAAAUCCCCGGGGGGUACAGUGGCACCAUGGAGAGACGAUUUUACACGUUCAGUUUAUUUUUUAUUUUUCUAAUUUAUUUUGGCAGGAAUUCACAUAUGUUUUCAUCCAUACAGGAAGUGAUUAAUCACUUUUCAUUCAUCCCAGUCUUGCGUACUGAAAUUUUCAGCUUGAUGCCAAGUGAAUGUGCUCUAUGAAUAUUAACUUAGAUUUUUAUUUUUAUUUAAUUUUUGUCACAUUUUAAUUUCUGUGAACUCUUUCAUAACCAUUGGUGUGAAACCAUCCAUCAUACACACAUGUCCUAAAACCAGCUUCACAUUAAGUUCAGUCGGCAGCAGUUUGGUAGCAAAUCUGUCUGUAAAGUCUGACUAAAAAUGUUAUUGUUUUUGUACAUUUCCAUUUUGUUACAGUUGAUUCCAGCAACAGCUGAGUUUUGUGAGUGAGUUUGAAUGGUGACUUGUACCUUCUCCAAACCCUGUAGAAAAAUCAUUGUUUGAUAUAUAUUUUUUGAUUUGGUUAGUUUCUGCCCUUGAUAAUUAAUGUAUGGUACCAAUAAAAAGAUACAUUUUCACUUUAA